AUGGGCUCGAGCUACUCAGUGCCAGCGCACGACGGCGAAAAGGCCCGUUGUGGGAAAAUUGAUGCUGCCCGUCUACCGGCGAGGCUGAGCGAUAAGUUUACGGAGAAGGAAGAUGCCGUCAAGGAAUCGCCCCCGCCGUACCAGAUCGAGGAGCGGCAGCCCAGCGUGUCGCUGCAUCGCCUGCAGGACUGGAACGAGACAUUGCUUGAGGAUCCAAAGAACCGCCUCGCGAUCUCCAGUCUAGCAGGCGCCUCAUACACCGACGUCCUCGCAAACCGCUCGGCCUUCAAGUCCGACAUCCAGGUCUUCAACCUCAAAGUCCCGAUCGAAGGCUCCCCAAUCACGAACCAGCGCUCCUCCGGCCGCUGCUGGCUCUUCGCAUCAACGAAUAUCUUCCGCGUCCCGAUCAUGAAGACGUACGGGCUGAAAAACUUCGAACUGAGCCAGGCGUACCUCUUCUACUGGGACAAGAUCGAGAAGGCAAAUUACUUCUACGAGGCGAUCAUCGAGACAGCCGACCAGGAUAUCUCUGCCCGCCUGGUGCAGAAGCUCCUUGAGGACCCGGUCACCGAUGGCGGGCAGUGGGAUAUGGUCGCGAACCUGGUCAAGAAGUAUGGGCUUGUCCCGCACGACGUGUACCCGGAUACGUUCAAUGCGCAGAAUAGCGGCAAGAUGAACUGGUUGCUGACGGCCAAGCUCCGUGAGCAUGCGUUUGCGCUGCGGCGGCUUGCGUCUAGUUCCCUGGUCCAGGAGCGUGUGAAGCUUGCAGCUGUGAAGGAGACGUUCCUGAAGGAGAUUCAUUCGCUAGUCACGAUUAUGCUGGGGCCGCCACCGAGCCCGAACCAGGAGUUUGUGUGGCAGUAUGCGGACGCGGAUGGGAAGGCGAGGGAGAUCCGCCAGACGCCGCUGGAGUUUGGACACAGUGCGUUUUCGCAGUCGCGCGCGAGGGUUUGCCCUAGUCGGCUGUGCAGUCUUGUCAAUGAUCCGAGAAACGAGUAUAAUCGGCUACUGACGGUGGAUAAACUGGGGAAUGUGGUUGAGGGGAAGCCGCUAAUCUAUGUCAACGUGGAGAUGGAGGUCCUCAAAAGAGCCGUCAUCGCAAUGCUGAAAGCCGGUCACCCUGUUUUCUUCGGAAGCGACGUGGGCAAGUUCUCCGACCGGGCCUCGGGCGUCAUGGACCCCGAUCUACUCGAUCUCUCCCUUGGCUUCAACGUCAGUCUGGGCAUGAACAAGGCAGAGCGGCUCGCCUGCGGGGAGACAGCCAUGACGCACGCGAUGGUCAUCACGGCGGCGCAUAUUGAAAACGAGAAGACCAUCCGCUGGCGCGUCGAGAACUCCUGGGGCGAGGCGUCGGGUGAUAAGGGGUGGUUUGUGAUGAGCGAUCGGUGGAUGGACGAGUAUGUCUUCCAGGCCGUGGUCGAUUUCAGCCUUGUUCCGCCUGAGAUUCGGGAUGUCCUGAAGCAGGAGGCGAAGGUGCUGCCGAGGUGGGAUCCAAUGGGUGUUUUGGCUUGA